AUGGAGAUCGAUUCAGCCGUGCGACAACGUUUGACAAACGCCAAUCAAAUACAUUUACUUGCUUAUUGGUCCGAAUUGAACGACGAACAACGUCAAAUACUUUUACGUGACAUCAAUGAAGUCGAUUUUGAACGUGUUAAUCAAGCGUAUGAUGCUAUCAAACAAGAAUUAUUAACAGAAACUAAUGGUCAAACAAAAACUGAAACACCACAAGUUAUUGAUGAUAUUAUGGAACCAAUUCCUGAUCAUAUGGCUGGAUCGAUCAAUGAAGCAAGCAAGGAACAACUUGAUACCUAUCGACAACAAGGUUUAAAAGCUGUUUCUGAAAGUAAUGUCUGCGUUUUAUUACUCGCUGGUGGACAAGGAACUCGUCUUGGUGUUGAUUAUCCAAAAGGCAUGUUUGAUGUAGAUUUACCAUCAAAAAAAUCUCUUUAUCAAAUACAAGCCGAACGUAUUCGAAGACUCGAACAACUUGCUAAUGAACAAUAUAAUACACAUAAUGCAACCAUUACAUGGUUUAUUUUAACAAGUGAACAUACUCAAGAACAAACAGAAAAAUACUUUCGUUCUCAUAAUUGUUUUGGUUUAAAACGUGAAAAUAUAAUCUUCUUUGAGCAACAUACAUUACCAGCAUUAGAUUUACAAGGAAAAAUUUUACUUGAAGAAAAGUAUAAAUUAACAAAAGCAGCUGAUGGAAAUGGCGGCUUAUAUCGUGCAUUAAAAACUCGUGGAGUUUUAGAUGAAAUGAAAAAGCGUCAUAUUAAAUAUGUACACGUUUAUGGUGUAGAUAAUAUUUUGGUUCGUUUAGCUGAUCCAAUUUUUAUUGGUUUUUGUUUAGAAAAAAAUGCGGAUUGUGCUGCAAAAGUUGUAAAAAAAACAAUUCCAACUGAAGCUGUUGGUGUUAUUUGUAAAGUUGGUGAACGUUUUCAAGUUGUUGAAUAUUCUGAAAUCUUAGAACAAACAGCACAUCGAAAAAAAUCGGAUAAUAGUGAUGAAUUAGUAUUUAAUGCGGGCAAUAUAUGCAAUCAUUUUUUUACUGUGGAUUUUCUUCAAGAUGUUUGCCAAAAACAUGAAAAUGAACUUCGCUAUCAUAUAGCAAAGAAAAAAAUUCCAGCUAUUGAUAAUAAUGGUGUACAUGUUAGUAAACCAACACAAAUCAAUGGAAUUAAAUUAGAAAAAUUUGUUUUUGAUGUUUUCCCAUUUUCAAAAACUUUUGCAGUUUGGGAAGUAUGUCGUGAAGAUGAAUUUUCGCCAUUAAAAAAUUCUUCAGGUGCAAAGGAUACAGCAAUAACUUGUCGACGAGAUUUAAUGCUUCAACAUGUUCGUUGGCUUCAACAAUCUGGUGCUCAUUUACCAUCUGAUAUAGAAAAACAUAUAGAAACAGUUGGAAAAACUUGUGAAAUUUCACCACUUGUUUCAUAUGCUGGAGAAAAUCUUGAAUAUCUUAAAGGUCAGAAACUUGAAUUACCAAUAUCUAUUGACAAAAAGAAUGAUAAACAAGAGCCUGAUAUUGAUUUACCUAAAAAAUUAACUCUAACAAAUGGUAUUAAACCAAUAUCAAUACAAACAAACGGAAUUCAUCAUUAA